CGGCUGUCCCGAGCUGCGCUGAUCCUUCACUCCGCGGCAUCGCCACCCGCCACCUGCCUCUCCGGGAAUAACUGCCCCGAAGGAAGAGCGUCGGAACCAAAGCCAGGGGAGGCGGACACGAGACUCUGGCGCCCCCCCCCCCCCCCACACCUCCUCCGCCCCCCAACCCGCUCUACCCCCCCCCUCCCCACACUUGUCCUGCGGGAGGACGCGCUGCCGGGCGACCGCGCGUUUGUUGACGCUGGCGGCAGAGGAGCGAGUGUGAGCCCCGCAGGAGACACUUGCAUGGAUGCGCCAUGGCCACGUUCGUGUGCAGGGUUCAGUUCUUAGACGACACCGAUCCGUUCAACAGCACCAACUUCCCGGAGCCGACCAGACCUCCGCUGUACACCUUCAGGGAGGACAUCCCCCUCAUCAACCAGUUAGCGGGGGUCCACCGGCUGCUCAAGACCCCGCACAAGCUCGACGACUGCACGCUGCAGCUCUCCCACAAUGGCACCUAUCUGGAUCUGGAGUCCUCUCUGGCCGAGCAAAAGGACGAGCUGGAGGGCUUUCAGCAGGACGACUCAGGGUCCAGAGGGAAGAAGCACAGCGUCAUCCUGCGAACCCAGCUGACCGUGCGAGUGCACGCCUGCAUAGCCGUGGUCAUAAUCUAG